CACCAAAGUGCGUCCGCUGCCGCCUCAGUUCCGGGCGUCAUCAGGUCUCGUUCCCGGUGACCGUGUGGUGUGCGCCCCGGAGGCCCGCGCCUGCCCGGUAUUCUGAGGAGCGCCUGGACGCGAGUCCGUCGUUGGAGAGGUUGUAGGCAUAAAAGAUGAACAAACCCAUAUCACCAUCAACGUAUGUGCGCUGCCUCAAUGUUGGAUUGAUUCGGAAGCUGUCAGAUUUUAUUGAUCCUCAGGAAGGAUGGAAGAAAUUAGCCGCAGCUAUUAAGAAACCAUCUGGGGAUGACAGAUACAAUCAAUUACACAUCAGGAGAUUUGAAGCAUUACUUCAAACUGGAAAAAGUCCCACGUGCGAAUUACUGUUUGAUUGGGGCACGACGAAUUGCACAGUUGGUGAUCUUGUGGAUCUUUUGAUCCAAAAUGAGUUUUUCGCUCCUGCAAGUCUUUUGCUACCAGACGCUCUCCCCAAAACUGUCAACACAUUACCUGCUAAGGAGGCUAUAACAGCUCAGCAGAAACUGAUUCCUUUUCAUGACAAAGGCAAGACAUCAGUGAUACCUGUACAGAAUCUUGAAAAAAACUGUGUACUUCCUGACUCCUCAAGUCCAGAAAAUAAAAGUCUAGGAGUUAGUGAUACACGUUUUCACAGCUUCUCCUUUUAUGAAUUGAGGAGCAUCACUAAUGACUUUGACGAACGACCCAUUGCUCGUGGUGGUAACAAGAUGGGUGAGGGGGGCUUUGGCGUGGUGUACAAAGGCUGCCUGCGCAACACUCCCGUGGCAGUGAAGAAGCUCGCAGCAAUGGUUGAUAUUAGUACUGAAGAACUGAAACAACAGUUUGAACAAGAAAUAAAAGUAAUGGCAAAGUGCCAGCAUGAAAACUUGGUACAACUGCUUGGUUUCUCAAAGGAUGGAGAUGAUCUCUGCCUCGUGUAUGUCUACAUGCCCAAUGGCUCAUUGCUGGACAGAUUGUUAUGCCUGGAUGAUACAGCACCACUUUCAUGGCACACAAGAUGCAACAUCGCUCAGGGUGCUGCAGCUGGCAUCAGCUUUUUACACGAAAAUCAUCAUAUUCAUAGAGAUAUUAAAAGUGCAAAUAUCUUACUAGACAAAGCCUUCACUGCCAAAAUCUCUGACUUUGGGCUUGCACGUGCAUCUGAGAAGUUUGCCCAGACAGUGAUGACCAGCAGAAUUGUGGGAACAACAGCUUACAUGGCGCCUGAAGCUUUGCGAGGAGAAAUAACACCCAAAUCUGACAUCUACAGCUUUGGAGUGGUGUUACUGGAAAUAAUAACUGGACUUCCAGCUGUGGAUGAACACCGUGAACCUCAGUUACUAGUAAUUGAAAUUCAUUUUCUCUUCGCGUGUGCAGUCUCAGUGUAUACAGACAUUAAAGAAGAAAUUGAAGAUGAAGAAAAGACAAUUGAAGAUUAUGUGGAUACGAAGAUGAGUGAUGCUGAGCCCUCUUCAGUUGAAAGUUCAACAGUUGCUGCAAGAGAUGAUACCUUCCUAAAUCUUUACUUGAAUGGAUGCUUGGCUUCUUUUUAUACAGCUUCCUUAACUGUUUUUGAACCAAUUUUUUUCCAAAUGGAUUCCUUUAACAUGGUAGCAGAGUGCAGUGCAAAAUAGAGUUGAGCCUGCAACAUUGAGAAUAACCAAGAGGAGAGCCACGUCAUCAGCACUUAGGGCUCAGUGGGUAGUGUCACUUCAACUCCUGCAGUGGGUACAGGAUUAGCAGGAGAGCACUGAGCUCUGGGAUUCAAAGACGUUGGUCAGAAGCCUGGCUGAUUCCACUACUAGAGGCUGUAAACCUUUAGACAAACUCAGCUGCUUUGAGCCUUGGUUUUGUUUGUUUUUACCUGUAAUGUCGGACUUUGGUCUGCUGUGCCUCUCGAACAGGCACUCAUGAAAAUUGAAUGCUGCAGUGAUAAUUUAAAGUUUAUGGGAGCAAUGAUGAAAGCUGUUACAGACGUAUGUUUAUAGCAUCACGUGCACAGCGUGCUAUUUUAGCAGUCACUCACCACAAACCAGGCUUCCCGUUGCUAAGGCAAGUUGAAGGAACUUCGCAGGUGUAGGUGAGGCCCCAGCUGACCUGGACUAUCAAAGUGAGACUCUAUGGGAGGGGCCUGACCUGGUCAGGUGAACCCCUACAUAGGGUCGGGCUCUCUCAUGGGCCUUGAAGAAGGAAGAACCGUGUUGUGAGAGGGCCAUGCUGGCUGAAACCUGAGUGGCCUCUGAAGCUGAGCACUCUCCAGCUGCCCCCAGGAGGGAAGAAUGGACCUCAGCUGAACAGCAGCAAGGUGCUGAGGCUGCUGACAGCCGGAGUGAGCACAGCAGGGUCCUCCGAGCUUGGGGUGAUACCUGGAUCUCAGCUCUGAGAGACUCAGCAUGAGAACUUGGCUCAGCUGUGCCCACAUCUGACAUACCCAGCUGUGAGAGAAUAAACGAAUUACGUUAAA